UCAGCCCUUGUAGCUAUGGAAACUCGUCGAUGGCAACAUCCAGCAGUCUGUUCUGCCCCCAUCCUCAUACCUCUCAGAGGUGCUGAGUGCGAGCUACUGUAACCCAUAAAUUACAGCUGCAAGAUGGCGAAUGCGCGACUCAUAGCUUGUUUUAUUCUUUCCACCAGCCUGGGUCACAUUCCAUCAUCACUCGGGGUAAUCCUCCGAACCACAGACAAGAUUGUUUGGGCAAAUGAGUUUGAGCCCAUCGAACUGACCUGCUUAAUAGAGUCCAUCUCCACAAACAACCCGAGGAUUGAGUGGAAGAAGAUUAAGAACGGUGUCCCCAGCUAUGUGUACUUUCAAAACAGGAUAGCAGGGGACUUGGAGCACAGGGCUCAGCUCAGAGAGCCGGCCAACAUCCUGAUCUUCAACACCACCCGGUCAGACACUGCAGAGUAUCGCUGUGAGGUGGCCGCCAUCGAUGAUCAAAGGGACUUUGAUGAGAUACUUAUUAGCCUUGCAGUAAGAGUGAAACCUGUAGUACCACGGUGCAGCGUCCCCGAAGCUGUCACAGUUGGAACAACGACUGAGCUGCGAUGUCUGGAGAACGAGGGUUUCCCCGCUCCUCAGUACCGCUGGUUCCACAACAAUGAGGAGCUCCCUCAAGACCCCAAAAACAGCCCAAAGCUGGUCAACUCAUCGUACAGCAUCAACUCGGACACUGGAGGCCUGAAAUUUCGAAGACUGAGGAAGGAGGACGCAGGGGAGUACUACUGCCAGGCAAAGAACGAUGCGGGACAUGCGCAGUGUCCCCCUCAAAUGAUGGAAGUCUAUGAUGUGGACAUCCUUGGGAUUUUCCUGAAGGGGUUUGGUGCAGUUGUUGUAUUCUUCUGUUUGGCUGCCACCAUUUGUCACUCCCUUAAACGAGGAUGUUUCGACAAAAAAAGUCACAAUGAAAAUAACUACAAUUGGCCAGCACAGAAUGAUGGAGUCAACUAUGGUGAUGCAGACGAGGGGCAUUUUCGCCACAAGUCUUCAUUCAUCAUUUGACAGCUUCGACGGAGGGCGAGGUGGAAAAAGACAACACAAGACGGCUGAGGCUAACUUGCUACAAUUAUACUCAAGAUGGGAAAGUUUGAGGUGUUACCAAGGCACAUUAUUCUCUGAUGCACAUCAAAAUCAAAUCAACCAACUUGCCAAAGUACUUUUAAUAUCAUUUGUAGCACUGUUUCAUGUUUUUAUAAUGUAACAGCAUUUCUUAAACUUCCUCUUCUGUUUAAUCAAUUUCCAUUUAAAUUUUUUUUACUCUA